AUGAGCAAGUUCGGCUGCUUGGGGCAUCUCUCUACUGGGUCGGCUCUGCUCGGGGUAUGGUGUCCCAUCAAGCCUGCCGAUGAGAUCAUGUGGGGUCAACUUGACGGCUGCCACAUCGCCCUACCGCACCAAUCGCGCCAACAGGAGUCAUGCACGACCAAGGUCACUCCCUACACUGCAGUGACGGCCGCCACCAUCAACACUCAGUAUCUCCACUACGGCAACACUUACGACAUCCCAUUACAUGCCGGCGCUCGACAGACCCACUACCCGCCAGAGUUUGUCACCACCCACUUCCCACCAGAGCUCAGCAGAUCCGAGAAGAUCAGCGGUAACACAGCGGGAUUGCACCCGCGAGGAGAACUUCGUCAAUGCAGUGAUGCAUCGAGUGCCGAGUCCAUCCGUCCGUGA